AUGCCUCGUGGCUUUAGCCGGCGAAUAAUUCAGCAUGGUCUUGUUUUGACAACAUCCGCACUCGGUACGGGUUAUCUUGGCCAGUAUCUGCUCAAGAAAAAUAAACUGAAUGCCUCGGAACCUGCUCUACACAAACCAAGUGUAUGGCAUGAUGAUUUUCCAACGCGUGAAGCUCAAAUCGAACGAAUGUCAACCGAACCAGAGUAUGAUAUUGUGGUUAUUGGCGGUGGAGCAACCGGUUGUGGAGUAGCUGUCGAUGCAGCUAGUCGAGGUUUGAAAGUUGCAUUGGUAGAAAAAUAUGACUUCAGUAGCGGAACAUCAUCCCGGUCAACGAAACUCAUCCAUGGUGGUGUGAGAUAUUUGCAAAAAGCGAUCUUGCAAUUUGAUCGCGAACAAUAUUCUAUGGUGAAAGAAGCGUUGUAUGAACGUGGUAAUCUUUUGAAAAUAGCUCCACAUUUAUCCUAUCCAUUACCCAUAAUGUUGCCUGUUUAUAAAUGGUAUCUUCUACCUUACUAUUAUGCUGGUAUCAAAGCGUACGAUUUCGUAUCCGGUCGGCAGUUACUUCGAUGGUCGUAUUUGAUCUCGAAAAGAAAAGCUUUAGAAUUGUUUCCUAUGCUAAAAAAAGAGAAAUUAGUCGGUGCGAUCGUUUACUAUGAUGGACAACAUAAUGAUGCACGAAUGAACAUAGCAUUAGCGUUCACAGCUGCAAGAAUGGGUGCAAAUGUAGCGAAUUAUUGUGAAGUCACAGAAUUAGUACAUGACAACAUUCGAGUAGAAAAUGCGCAAGGACAGCCGGAAAUGAAAAAGGUCAUUCGUGGUGUCAAAUGCUUCGAUCGAUAUCAAAACAAAGCUUUCACCAUUCGAACUAAAUGUGUUGUCAAUGCUACUGGGCCUUACACCGAUGCCAUUCGUCAGCUAGACGAUCCAUCGCUACCAAAAAUCUGUCAACCAUCUGCAGGUGUUCAUGUCGUCUUCCCUGAUUACUAUAGUCCAACAAAUAUGGGUCUUCUUGACCCGAAUACAUCAGACGGACGUGUAAUCUUCUUCUUACCUUGGCAAAAACACACCAUCGCUGGUACAACGGAUACACCUUGUGAUGUGACUGAUGAUCCGUCACCAUCGAGCGAUGACGUGGACUUCAUCUUAGGCGAAGUGAAAAACUAUCUUUCAUCCGAUGUGCAGGUCCGUCGAGGCGAUGUUCUGUCAGCAUGGGCCGGUAUUCGACCGUUGGUUUUGAAUCCGAACAAAAAAGAUACUCAAUCUAUUGCACGAAAUCAUAUCGUUCAUGUCAGCGAUUCAGGUCUUGUGACCAUCGGAGGAGGAAAAUGGACUACUUAUCGGCAAAUGGCUGAAGAGACUGUCGAUCGUUGUAUUACAUCUUCGAACUUGAACGCGAAAAACGAAUGUAAAACUAAAGGUUUAGUUCUUCACGGCGGUGAAAAAUGGACACCGACUUCCUAUAUUCGUCUUGUUCAAGAUUACGGUCUCGACACUGAGGUCGCCAUUCAUCUUUCUCAUACCUAUGGUGACCAAGCCAGCAAAGUCGCUGAUAUGUCUUCAUUAACUGGAAAACGUUGGCCAGUUAUUGGUAAACGUCUUCAUCGAGAAUUCCCGUACAUUGAAGCUGAGAUAAGCUAUGCGAUUAAGGAAUACGCUCGUACGGCUGUUGAUGUUCUUGCUCGACGUACUCGUCUGUCAUUUUUAAAUGCCAUAGCUGCCGAAGAAGCUCUUCCGCAGAUAGUUCAAAUCAUGGCGAAAGAGCUGCACUGGAAUGAACAAAAACAAAAAGAAGAAAUAGAUCGUGCGAAAAUAUUUUUGUUGCGUGAAAUGGGUCUUAAUUUAAAACGUGAUAUGCGUCGAAAUGUGCCGAUUAAUUUAACACGUGAAGAAAUGAGUUAUUAUAUGAAAUAUUUUCGUCAAAUAGAUGUCGGAAAUAAAGGAUUUUGCUCACUUACUGAUUUAAAACGAUAUUUGCAAUUAUCGAACAGUGAAAUAACCGAAGAAGAAUUUCGAAUCUUAAUGCGCGAAAUCGAUCAAAAUCAAAAUGGAAUCAUAGAAACCGAAGAAUAUCUCCAACUAAUGAGUGCAAUUAAAUCCGGUACCAUAUCGGCCAGUCACUUUGCCAAGGCAACCCGCAUUGAAACAAUCAAAAGGAACCCAUCGCCCGAACGGAGUGGAGGUGGGAUUUAA